AUGCGUAUCCUCAAAAUCCCUUAUUCCCUCGUUGCGGCCGACGUUGCGGCCGAAGAUGCCGCCACGAGAGGCAUCGACGACUCUCCCCAAGCAUCCUCCUGCACCCGACGCUUCGGAGCCGCUCACCACUGUGUUUCAGAUAUCCUUCCCAUCGUCCCCGAAAACCCGCCGUUUUUUACACACUGCGACCCACCAUGGACACCAUAUAGCUAUACGCUAUGGCACACUCUAAUCGCCAGAUCCCAAGGUCUACAAGGGGGCGAAUGCCACGAGGUCAUCAUCCCUGGUUUUCUCUAUGAAGAUAUGAUGAAAUGCCACAGCGCAUGGGUAACCACUGGUCGCAUCCACAAUGCUGUACUUGAGAAUUUGCUCGAGACUCUGAAAUCCACAAAAGCAGGCCAAGAACUUGUUUCACUUCUGGAUGGAGAGAGGAAGUGGUUCAUCAGGCUCGAUCACAUGUCGCCAAAAGACAGUCCCAUGGGGGGUGUAUUGCCAUCAUUGACGCUGCGAGAUGCUAUGACGAAGCUCUGUACGUCCAUGCGCACAUACAGUUGUCUGCAGUAUGAGAAGGUGCACGCAGAGAAAGAGGAACGGAAUAUGGAGAUUAAACUUGUGCUCAACAGGUGGCAUGAAGGAAUGGAUCCUGGGAGGGAGUUUAGGGUCUUUGUUUCACCUCCUGCCGCGGCCCAGGCAAGAAUAACAAAUCACCCCAUGGCCGCUCCCAGACCGGACGACUUCAAAAUCAGCGCCAUUAGCCAUUUUGAUGUAGCGCUGGAGCAGGACGGCACUGUUCAACUAGUCGAGAUCAAUCCUUUCGGGGCAUUGUCGCCGUGUGGAGCCUGUCUUUUCAACUGGAUACGCGAUGGUAAAGUGCUUUAUGGGAUUGAGGAGGCACAGUUUGCUGUGACGUUGGAUGAGGCACGACCGUAG